AUGACAGAUAACCCUCAGGCGUUAACAAGUAGAAACGAAGAUGGGGAAACAAGCCAGGCGUCAGAAUCGAUGCACAGCAUCAACCAAAUGGACAUAGCGAAGUCAAUAAACCAGAUGCGAAAAUGGGGAUGUCAGUUUGACGGAAAAGACCCAAUAUCAUUCUUAGAACGCAUCGAAGAAUUACAGAACAGCUACGGAUAUACCGAGGAACAAAUGCUGCAGGGGUUACCAGAACUAUUAAGAGGCAGCACACUGCACUGGUACCGCAAUAAUAAAAGAACAUGGAGAGAAUGGGGUGAUUUUCUAAACGCCUUCCGGGAACAAUUCUUCCCAUACCGGUAUCAAUUCCAAAUUAAGCAGGAGAUACAACGAAGGCACCAAGGGACAAAUGAACCCUUCCGACAAUAUUCAACCGACCUCGCAACAUUGAUGAGAAGAGCAGGAGGCUUCUCACGACGCGACCAAAUCGAACUAAUUUACGAAAAUAUGUCACCAGAACUUAAAGUGCACAUAAGAAGAAACAACAUACACACGCUAAGCGAACUAGGAGUACAGGCAGCAGAAAUUGAAGAUAUAGAACGACAACGAGCACUAUUCCGUAGGAAUACACGCUCUAUACCGCAGUCACCGACAACAGCGGCAAUAUACAAUGCGGCCGAACACUGCUGGCGAUGCAAGCAAAGAGGGCACACAAGGCAAAGAUGCCGUAAUGAACAAAAGAAAUUCUGCUCACAAUGCGGAAAGGACGGAGUGCUCACGAAAAAUUGCCACCCGAAGCCGGGAAACCACACAAGGACCGAGGAAUAGGGCGUUCCUUGGUCACACAUAAGCCCGCAAUUAAAUACUCUCCUAGACCGCACAUACAGGUAAUAAUUGACGACAACAAAUUCGAAGCUCUUCUAGACUCAGGAUCCGAGAUCUCCUGUAUUAACCAAAAAACAGCGAAUAUGCUAAAGAAACAAACAAGAGUACAGGCACACACCACAACGGUGCGCCUCGCAGAUGGUGGGAGAACAAGGAUAACUGGAAGCCUAGUGGUGCCAAUACAGAUAAACAAGAAGACAUACUGGCAUAAGGUCCAUAUCAUACCGACACUAGAAAGCGCCGUAUUAAUCGGGGUAGACUUAUGGGCGAAACUAAAAUUACCAAUUUCUCCGCCAGCAAUACAGUCGCAUAAUAAGAGGUACAUGCGCACAUGUAUCAUCUCGGAGGGCAUGCAACCUCGCUCGGGGAAAGAAAACGCAA